CGGAACAGAUCGGAAUGCGGGUAGGGAAAAAACGCGUAAAAUGAAAAAUGGCGGAUUCUCUCCGUAGAGGUUUGUCCGAGAAGAACAGCUCGGAGAGAGUGUUUUGGAGAAAGGCGGUAGGGACUGCUAAAGGCGUCCCUGAGACGGAAAUGGUGGAAACCCUGCGGUGUUACGAAGGACAGUGUGGAAAGGAGGAGCGGCGCGUGCACUCAGACGAAGAGGAAGCAGACGAGCCGUCUAUUCUGAGGUUCAUGUCUGCCGAGCUGACCAGGGGCUACUUCCUGGAGCACGAUGAGGCGAAGUACACGGAGCGCAGAGAAAGAGUGUACACAUGCAUGAGGAUCCCUAAAGAGCUGGAGAAGCUCAUGAUGUUCGGCUGCUUCCUGUGCCUGGACGCGUUCCUCUACGUGUUCACUUUACUGCCCCUCCGAACCCUGAUCGCCUUCCUGAGACUGCUGACCAUCCCCUGCUGUGGCCUCGGGGCACACAUGUGCCCGUACUGCAGAAGGAGCAGCAGCUCACAGUUCCUGCAGCCAGCCCAGAUGUGUGACCUGCUGAAGGGCCUGAUCAUGGUGCUGUGCUGCUCCAUGAUGCAUUACGUGGAUUACGCCAUGAUGUACCAUCUUAUCCGAGGACAGUCCGUCAUCAAACUCUACAUCAUCUACAACAUGCUGGAGGUGGCAGACCGUCUCUUCUCCUCUUUCGGCCAGGACAUCCUGGACGCUCUGUACUGGACCGCCACUGAGCCAAAGUCCAGCAAGAGAUCUCAUAUCGGAGUCAUUCCGCAUUUCAUCAUGGCUGUCUUUUAUGUCUUCCUACACGCCAUCCUCAUCAUGGUCCAGGCCUCCACAUUAAACGUGGCCUUCAACUCGCACAACAAGUCUCUGCUCACCAUCAUGAUGUCCAAUAACUUUGUGGAGAUCAAAGGAAGCGUAUUCAAAAAGUUUGAGAAAAACAACCUCUUUCAGAUGUCGAACAGCGACAUUAAGGAGCGCUUCACUAACUGCAUCCUUCUGCUGAUCGUGUGUCUGAGGAACAUGGAGCAGUUCUCCUGGAACCCAGAUCAUCUGUGGGUGCUGCUUCCAGACGUCCUCAUGGUGGUAGCCUCCGAGGUGGCCGUGGACAUAGUUAAGCACGCAUUCAUCACCAAAUUCAACGACAUCACCGCAGACGUGUACAGGGAAUACAAAGCCAGCUUGGCCUUGGAGCUCGUCAGCAGCCGGCAGCAGUAUGCGUACACAGACUACAGUGACUCAGUGGCCAGGAGAAUGGGCUUCAUCCCUCUGCCUCUGGCUGUUCUGUUGAUCCGAGUGGUGAUGAGCUCAGUGAAGAUUCAGGGAGCGCUGGCGUCUGUCAGCCUGCUGCUCUUCUACCUAGGAAUGUUCACACUCAAAGUGUUGAACAGUAUAAUUCUGCUGGGAAAAUCCUGCCACUAUGUAAAAGAAGCCAACAUGGAGGGGAAGCUGUUUGAUAAGCCCAACACUCCAGGUCCAAAAAAGACCCCCAGAACACCCAGACAUUCCAAAUCCCCGCCUCCAUCAGAUAAGCCAAAAGCUGAGCAUCAGUCCCCUUUCAUCACUUCCAUCACCAGGCAACCUGCCCCCCGCACACCAGACCUCCUCCCCUCGACUCCCAAGCCUGUCACCAUGGAAACCAGCGAGCCUAUACCAGAGAGUCCCUCUAAAGCAGAAGAGGGCAGCAGCGAGACUCCUCACGGCACUGAGCUCAAACACAGAGCACCAAAGAAAGACCUGCUGGAGAUCGAUCGAUUCACCCUGUGUGGAAACCGCAUACUUUAACCGCCGUAGCUUCCCCUCAGAGACGAGACCGAAACACGCCACCGGUCCCCAGGGUAAAGGGACGGUGACAUACACACACAGGCUGAGAGAUUCAGUCAGAGAAAACGUAAAGAACAUUCCAGUGACUGAGGAUCUGCUGUCCAUGGCAGUCAGACAGAGUCACAUGAUGUAAGGCCUGAUGGGGGUCCAGCAUCCUCUCUUCCUUUUAGAUGUGAACAGAGAAGAGACGCAGCAUUUCAGUGUAGUGGAGCUACACUGCUGUCCUGAAUACUCUGCUAUAAUCAUGUCAGACAUUUGAGAAGGCAAAAAUCUUAGCAUACAGAGAGAUCGUAAAUCAGCAGGUUAAAGUUUUUAUAUGAUGUUAUUAGGUAUUAUAACAAUGAGUAAUAACGAGUUAGAAAAGCUAUAAACUUAAUAACCAGGCAAUGGAGUGAAAGGUGAAAAUGCUGAACAUUCGCUGUCAAACACAACAGCAGUAUUUCAUAUUUCAAAAUAAAACCUAAUACUUUUAAUGACUUACAAAUGAUAAAAGGAAUUAAAAAAUGUAAAAUCUUAUACCACAGCAAAUAUCAGCAGUUCCAUUUUUUUAUUUAUUAAAGAAUGCUGCAUUUUCUUUUUUUAUUAUUAUUUAUUUGUUUACAUUUAUCUUUAAUGUUGCAGAACAGCUAUGAAAUGAUUUCCUGUUAUCACUUAUGCUAAAGCAGCUACAUUCUAUAUCAGUCACACUCUUCUCUUUCUGGAAGCCACCCUGAAGACUUUGUAAGAGUCAGCUGUAAGUUUUUGACCACAGGCUAAGCUCUGAUACUGGAGACUCCUUUCAAAAACUUAUAUAAAUGUCUUCUUACAAAAGAAAUCCUAUUUGUAAUCGUUUAUGUUUAACUUAUGUGGAGCUAGCAAUAAACAAUUAGCUGUCAAUUAGCCGUUACUAUGGAAACUGUUUUAAAUCACUGUCCGCAAACUGGCAACCCGAUUCAAGCGUUCCGCCGUGCUGUGGUAUAAAGAUAACGAGUAAUACUACAAUGGGAUUUUUAUAUUUUAACGAAGUUAUACAUCGCUUAGAAGAUUAAAUAAUUCAACUGUACAGAAAACCUCUAGUGUUAAACCAUGAAACGCUAAUCUUUUUUUCAUCUUUAACUCGAAAGGCAUUUUCACCUUGAACCCAUAAAUACACUGCGCUGCUUGGUUAUUAAAAUAUUGAUGUAUUAAAUAAUAAAGCAUCAUCUCGGUCUAAUGAAUUAUGCCAGGUUUAAUACAGGUCUUUAAUAGAUGUCGUAGAUGGCGCUGAACUUAAUACACGCACUUUCAUCUUGUUGAUGGUCUCAUGGCUGGUUCCCGGCUGGUUAGUCCGAGGUAGAAUAUGAGCGAGAGUAGAUAUAAAAAGGCUUGAAGCUCACAGUGAGCGUUGUCUACAUAUCACCGUUUAACAUUCCAGACCUUCUCAUAUAUUGUGCCAUACUUUAUAGUGUAUAGUUUACCCAGAUCGCUCCCUCUUCAUCUGCACGUUCAGCUCAAACGCAUCAACUUUUAUGCUGAUGCCACCCACAGCGUCUCACUCGACAGCUGCGAUGCAUUUUAUUAAGCCUUGAAUCAAAUGUUUGCACUAACAUCUCCGCUAUCUAUAUCCCUGAUUGCUGGAAUCUUUUCAGGAAAAUAAAAAACAAAACACCAGAAUCACUAAACACACACAGAUUAUUAUAACACAACCGUAUUCCAUAUGUUUCAGGGUGGAGUUUUCCUUCAAAACCCCCAGAUAUCUGAAACCAGAAGAAAAGCAAGUUGCACUGAUUUUUUUUUUCCACAAUGUCUUAGAUGGUUUAGUGUUUGCUUCAACAUGCCAUGACCUUCGCUUUCACGUUUGUUUACUCGCUCACUCAGGGAACGGGGAGAAGACGUCUAACACUGCCUCGCUCCUAGUGAGGUUUCAUCGCUUGUCUUUCAGUUCUCUCUGUUUUUGUUCAUUCAGAUGUUUGUGGUCAUAACUAAUAAAAAUAGUGACUCUAAUGAAGAAACGAUAACCAGGGACACAGAUCUAGUUCUAGUAAUUUAUUCAGAGCGUUUUGCACAUUUUAACACGUCUCUUGAUUUCAGGGAGGAAAUCUUCUUAUUUUCACAAAUCAUGAGAAAACAUUCCUAGGUGUAUUAAAGCUGAUUUUAUGUCUUGCUGGUGUGUUCGGGUCCAGACCGAAUGUGAAUGUGCUCCUUCAGUGAUUUAAUACUAAAAUAAUGGUACACCAGCAA